AUGAUGUCUUGGAAAUCUCUCGGUCGCAUAUUUUCUGGAAUCAAAGGGGCCUAUAAUGAUAUCAAUCCGUCCACCUUAACGGGUGCGAUUGACGUCAUCGUCGUCGAGCAACCUGAUGGAACCUACGAAUGCGGUCCGUUGUACGUUCGCUUUGGGAAGUUAACUGCGAUAUCGCCGGCAGACAAAGUUGUGGAGGUAUAUGUCAAUGGGAGGUAUGUCGAUUUCCUUCGUAUGCGACUGGGAGCUGCUGGAGAUGCUUACUUUGUGGACAGCGAUGCAUGUUCCAGUGAUGAUGAAAAAUAUCCUACUGGUGACUCAGAAAGCAGACGCGUUGCUAAUAUAAAGUGGCCCGAAUCGGUUACACGACGUCGGAGAAGAAAAGUGCGCCGUGACUCGGCUAUGAGCGAACCUGAUUCACCGACCCUAAUAGAUGAUUUGAACGACGAUGAUGCUAUCCGAUCUGAUUCAGAGCAGCUUGAUGUCACGGAACAUGAUAGGUCAAAUCUGUUGAAUCACUACGGUUCAGAUGGAUUUCUCAUUGAUAGCUUGAACUCGAUCGGAGAGGAUCUGUCUUGGGCAUAUGGCGGGCUGUUACAUAGACGCUCUGAGUGUCAGCCGCCUACCUUCAAAAAAUCAGAAUCCAUUCCUGACACUGGUCACACAGAUUCUCCGAAAAUAUUCGAAAAUGAAGACAAAAAAGACAAUAAGCCUAAUCCCCUGAAAAAAGACGAGGUUUAUCUGGAAGAUCUCGUAACAUCUGAAAUGGACCCAACAGUAAAAGAAACUUACAUUUACCCGCCGACACAUCAUAAUUACUCUGGUGUUUCUCGCUCCGAUAACUUUUUACAUCGUUCUGCAGCUGAAGUGAACUCCGUGGACGCUGGAUAUAGAUCUGAUGGCGAACAAUCUCCGCGAAGUUUAUCCCCAAUUUAUCCUUCCAUUUAUGGCUUAAAAUUGUCUCUGUGUGGUAGUCCCUCCAUGGAUGCACAGAUUUCAGAUGAAAAGUUCGUAGAGCAUUUGGUUUCUUUUGAGGAGUUCAUCCAUGACCCUGAAGCCAUCCUCAGUAAUCCAAACCUCACUGUACAGUUGAAUAACAAGUAUAUGUGUUGGCCUCUUGCUGCUCCGUCGAUCAUAAGCAUUCUAGCAUACCAAACGGAGCUUCCACACCGUACUGUCCGCCACUUAGAGAGUGUUCAUCAGUCCAAGAAACAAACCCGUCGCACCUCUUGGUUCAGUUGGGGUAGUCGCAGGGCGGAAGCUGAGGAUCACGAUGAAACGAAGAUUGCUGAAACCGUUGCUCUUCCUGAAGUUGUUGAAGAACCGGUUGUUGUCAUGGACACACCUCGGACGAUUAAUGAUAACCCUGACCAUGAUGAAAAGAAAACGCCCAAAACACAUUCUACACUGAAAAAGAAUCGUCUUUCUACCUCUGAUAUAUCACGACUCAAUCUGAAAAAAGGUAGGAAUGACCUCGAGUUCCGAGUGACCACAAAAUAUCAGGGCACAUGUAUCUGCUCAGCUUCAAUUUUCUUGUGGCAUUGGUCUGAUCGAAUAGUGAUUUCUGAUGUUGAUGGGACAAUUACACGAAGUGAUUUGUUGGGUCAUUUACUACCGAUGCUCGGACACGAUUGGACACAUGAUGGUGUCGCCUGCCUAUACGAUCGAAUUGCCAGGAAUGGUUAUCGAUUCGUUUAUCUAUCUGCCCGUGCGCUUGGUCAAGCCGGUAUUACUCGGAGCUAUUUACGUCAUGUAGUUCAGGAAGAACUCAAGUUGCCGGACGGCCCUAUUCUUCUUUCUCCCAACUCCCUUCUGCACGCGCUUCAUCAAGAAGUGAUUGAGAAAAAACCCGAAAAUUUCAAGAUAAAAUGCCUGUCUGAUGUCACUGCAUUAUUUCCCAAAGGCUGCCAACCUCUAUAUGCCGGAUUUGGAAACAAAGUUAACGAUGUUUUUGCCUAUGAACAAGCGGGUAUUGAGCGCUGUCGUAUAUUUACUGUCAACCCUCGUGGCGAGCUUCGAAACGAAUACCAUUCCGUGAAGAGUACAUCAUAUAGGGAGUUGAUUGAAUCGGUAGACUUACAUUUUCCUUUAAUUUUGGACGAGUCCCGAGCACCUUCCCCUGUUUUCCACGGUGAAUAUACUCCUGAGAAUGCUUCUGAAUCGUCCAAAUCGGUUGGCCAAAUUUUCCGCCGAUCAUCUGUCGGUGUGACUUCAGCAGAUAUGUCUAUGUACUCCUGUUUCACUUACUGGCGAACUGAUGAACUUGACGCUGUUCCGGACCCUGAUGUACCAACUUGA